AUGGCGUCCGGGCCUCACCCAACCGCUCCCCUUGCUGCUACCGCCUCGUCGGCUGCCCCGAGCGCGGGCGGAUCCAGCUCCCGGAUGACGACCACGACGAGGACUGCAACGGGAGGGAUCCUGAUCGGCGACCGCCUCUACUCGGAAGUUUCGCUCACCAUCGACCACUCGCUGAUUCCGGAGGAGCGGCUGUUGCCCACCCCGUCCGUGCAGGAUGGGCUCGACUUGCCCAGCGAGACGGACUUGCGCAUCCUGGGCUGCGAGCUCAUCCAGGCCGCCGGCAUUCUCCUCCGGCUGCCGCAGGUGGUGAUGGCAACGGGGCAGGUGUUGUUUCACCGUUUUUUCUACUCCAAGUCUUUCGUCAAACACAGAUUCGAGAUUGUUGCCAUGGCUUGUAUUAAACUUGCAUCAAAAAUUGAAGAAGCACCAAGCAGAAUAAGAGAUGUGAUUAAUGUAUUUCACCACCUUCGCCAGUUAAGAGGAAAAAGGACUCCAAGGCCCCUGAUUCUUUAUCAGAACUACAUUAACACCAACAAUCUAAUUUUCAAGGCAGAGAGAAGGGUGCUAAAGGAGUUGGGAUUUUGUGUUCAUGUCAGGCAUCCCCAUAAGAUCAUAUAUAUGUAUUUACAAGUCUUAGAAUGUGAACGUAAUCAAACCCUGGUUCAAACUGCCUGGAAUUAUAUGAAUGACAGUCUUCGAACCAGUGUGUUUGUUCGAUUUCAACCAGAGACUAUAGCAUGUGCUUGCAUCUAUCUUGCAGCUAGAGCACUUCAGAUUGCAUUGCCAACUCGUCCCCACUGGUUUCUUCUUUUUGGUACUACAGAAGAGGAGAUCCAGGAAAUCUGCAUGGAAACACUUAGGCUUUAUACCAGAAAAAAGCCAAACUAUGAAUUGUUGGAAAAAGAAAUAGAGAAAAGAAAAGUAGCCUUACGAGAAGCCAAAUUAAAAGCAAAGGGGUUGAAUCCUGAUGGAACUCCAGCCCUUUCUACUCUUGGUGGAUUUUCUCCAGCUUCUAAACCAUCAUCACUAAGAGAAGUAAAAGCUGAGGAGAAGUCACCAAUGUCUGUUAACAUGAAGACAGUCAAAAAAGAACCUGAGGAUAGAGAACAGGCUUCCAAGCCCUAUAAUGGUGCAAGAAAAGACAGCAAGAGAAGUAGAAACAGCAGAAGUGCAAGUUGAUCAAGGUCAAGAACACGAUCAUGUUCUAGAUCACAUACUCUGAGAAGAUAUUAUAAUAAUAGGCAGAGUCGAUCUGGAACAUACAGCUCGAGAUCAAGAAGCAGGUCCCGCAGUCACAGUGAAAGCCCAAGAAGACAUCAUAAUCAUGGUUCUCCUCACCUUAAGGCCAAACAUACCACAGAUGAUUUAAAAAGCUCAAAUAGACAUGGUCAUAAAAGGAAAAAAUCUCGUUCUCGAUCUCAGAGCAAGUCUCGAGAUCACUCAGAUGUUGCCAAGAAAUACAGGCAUGAAAAGGGACAUCAUAGGGACACACGUGAAAGAUCUCGCUCCUUUGAGAGGUCCCAUAGCAAGCACCACGGCGGCAGUCGCUCAGGACAUGGCAGGCACAGGCGCUGA